CCCAUCAAUUAAAUGAAUACCAAGGUCACAUUUAGGCCAGCUCAGGGAUAUCAGUUUCACAAAUAACCUAUAGUCAUGCUGUUCCUAAAUUCAGGACAAUCAGUUAAGUGAAGCAGUAGUGCAUAGAUACACGGCAACAACAGGAGGCUUUCAAUAUAGAUUCCUUUGCAUACUAUUGCUGUAUUGUUAACUCUGACAUAGACGCUGCAGAUGUCUCAUCAGUUUUUAAUUACAUAUCUGUUAAAUCAGUCACAUGGUUCUUGGCAAGCACCCAAGUCAGUAUAUAUGUUAGAUGAAGGGAAAGCUUUUAAACUUAUUUUCAACUAUAUUACAUGUAUGCAUGGACUUUAAGGUAAGUUCAUUCUUUUUCAUCUUCAUUAUUUAAAAUGUCAGCCCACGUGAUGUACGGACAAGAAUGGAAAAGCAGCAUUUUCCUCUAUAUUGUCCCAUUGACAUCUAGAUGGUACAAACACAAGGUUUAAUAGAUUGUGUGGUGUAACACAUUUACAUAUAGAGUGUUUGUAUCAUUUCCUGAUUAAAGGGAACUACUACAAAAUUCAUAGUAACAAAAAACUCAUAGGCAAGUUAGCUUGGCUUAAUUUACUCUGGAAGGUUAGGGUUUUAUUCCCUAAAAUAAUCUCAGAUGACUCAGCCUAGAUGUUAGUUCUGUAAGAAAACUAUUGCUCAUUAAACAUUUCUUUGAGGUUAUAUUAAUUGGGACAUGUCAUAAUAACAUCAGCAUGCUGAAUGUAUCUGAUCCCAUAUGCUACCCAGCAGAGGCAUGGGAACUGGUAGUUGAACAAAUAUGUACAUGGCUACAUAGGGGAACAUUGGUAAUACUGUAUACAAAAAAUUAAAAACAUGCACAUCAGCUUGUAAAGACAGGACUAUAUAUGAUAAUUUUGCCAGUCAGUAGGAGAGGGAAUCCUUUGGUAUUUUAUUUAAAUGUAGUUUCAAAUUAUACUGUAUUGAACUAUAUAUAUUAAAAUAACUAUGUUAUUGUAUAUUAUAUUGAAUUUAUCACUGUUAAUUUUACAUUUCCAGAAAAAAAACCAUGAAGUUAUCACUGUUGUUUUUUCUGUCAAUUACCUUUCAUCUUGCUCUAGGAAGCAAUUCUCCUUCAAUGAGUGAAACAAACAAAAAUGCAAACUCCCUGAUUGAUUGCCUUGGGGUUCGCUUCACGUGGCUCCAGACACUGCUCAACAACUUCCCCGCUCUCUUUAAUUUCAUCACCAAAUUGAAGUGUUUGACUGGACUUUGCCCCAGUGAUCUUGAAGAUUAUGGCUGUUCCUGCAGAUAUGAAGAAGAAGAUGUUCCUUUUGAUGACAUAGACAUUUGUUGUUAUAACCAGCGAAGAUGCUAUAAGAAUGCAGCUGAAAAGGACUGUAAACUGGAGACUGGAAACAUUUCAAUAAAUACAAGCUGCCCUUCUGGAAAUAUCACUUGUGAUUUCACUGACACCUGUGAGCAGAUUUUUUGUCUCUGUGACAAGGCUGCAAUUGAAUGCAUCGCAAGUUCACAGUACAACUUCUCAAUGAGGCACCUGGAUAGUUCCUUCUGCCCAGUUACAUCAACAGCUCCCCCUGAGACGACUGAAGUGUCUGGUCUGGUAACUGCUGGACCUGGUCUGGAAAUGGAAGGAACAAGUGUAGGACUGCCAGUUACAGUGGCGGAGCUACCUGAAAUAGAACCAACUGAAUCAGUGGAGGUGAUAGAAAAUACAAGGACUACUACUGGACUUACUACUGGACACAUUGAUUUUUCCCCGGGGUCUGUAACAGAAGGUCCUCAAACACCAAAACCAAGUAAAAACCCAUCUGUUACAGUCCCACAAACAAAACCUGCUGACAUUUCAGUGGAGGCUGAGACAGAAGGUAGGAACCCUAGCACAGAAGCACCUGAUAGCUCACAGGAGUCUGAGACUGAAGGACUGUCAAAGGCAGUGCCAUUUUUUACGUUCUCAAUGCUGGGGGCUGAAGGCCUGUUUGAUCUUCUGCUGGAGCCUGAGGUUGAAGAAUGCAGCAGUAACACGUUCAAUCAGUAUAACAGUAAUGGAAAAAUAAAUCGUGAGAUGCCACGACUGGGAGAGAUGCUGCACUGCUUGACGGGACGUUGCCCUCAUGAGUUUGAAAUGUACGGCUGUUACUGUGGACAGGAAGGAAGGGGUCGCCCAGUUGAUGACCUUGACAGAUGCUGUUUCUUCCAUCAGUGCUGCUUGGAGCAGAUUCAAAUGUUUGGUUGCAGGCCAUCACGGAGAUUUAAUGCCCACAUUACUUGUGAAAAUCGAGAAGCUACAUGUACUGGCCAGAACACCUGCGACAAGUUGCAAUGUGUCUGCGACAAGGCAAGUGCCAAGUGCAUGGCAGCCUCACAUUUCAAUGAAACCAUAGCCUUCCUGGACAAGCAGCAAUGUCGUGGCAUGAGAGCACCCUGCAGACGCCGACCGGGGGUAGGCAGACCACCAGUCUCAGCACCCAAAUCUGAAGAUUCCAGUGAAGAAGUAGUGAACUAUAAAGGGGGACCCCAUCAAUCCCAUCCACGUAUAGCUGAGCCUUUGAGUGUGGGCACUACCCCUUCAGAGUCACAGGGAACACAGCUGACCACAGAGCAGCCACAGACUGAGGGAGCAAAAGAACUGUCCGCUGAGGCUGAAGAGGAGAAUGAAGAAGUUGCACAGUCUGCCGAAAUUCAUCCAUAAGGACCCAGCACAACUCCACCAGGAAAAUGAGCUCAUAGUUAUUUUUGUUAUUUUCUUCUUUGUGAAAUGGUAUUGACGGAUGUCAACAGAGAAAGAUUAUGCAACCAUUUUUAGUUUCCUGCAAUGUAUAACUCAAAUGCGAUUUACUGCCAGACACACCUGUUUUUAAACAAGUACACUGAAAAACCAGCAUUAAUUUUGUAUCAAAAUACAGUAUAUUAAUAAGUAAUUUUGUCUCACUUCUUUGCAUUAAACAUAACAUACACAUUCCAAACAUGAACUUCAUGAUGACUGCUGUCUACUCUCUCCAUUAUCCAUGACUUUACAAGUCACAGGUUUUCUCUUUUUCUGUGUUUUGAAACAUCAAUAUCUAUUAUUGUAAAUAGCUGAAAAUAGUUAAUAAACAUUUACAUACAACUGUGAAUAUUUUGUAAGAUGCUUUUUAAGCAAACAAUUCUACAGAGGGUUGACAGUUAAUGUCAAUAUUUUCUUACAUGUUUUGACUAAAUUAGGAUAAAAAUGGCUGAAUAAAAUGUGAAAAUACAAAAAUGUUGUUAACCAGAAGUUUGUAAUUCCAUAUUUUGUGCAAGUAUAAUGCUUAUCAGUUAUGUUCCACUGAUAAUUUUUAAAU